AUGGUAGCUAGUGUUAAUGGUCAUCACCAAGUUGUUGAAUUACUACUCAAAGAGCAUGUUGACAUUAAUACUCAGAAAGAAGAUGGACUGACUGCUCUAAUGCUAGCUAGUCAACAUGGUCAUUACAAGACAAAAAAUGGAGUGACAGCUCUAAUAGUAGCUAGCUUAAAUGGUCAUACCAAGGUCGUUGAACUGUUGCUCAAAGAACAUGCUGACGUUAAUCUCCAGGUAAACAAUGGAAUGACAGCUCUAAUGCUAGCUAGUCAUAAUGGUCAUCACCAGGUUGUUGAAUUAUUGCUCAAAGAGCAUGCUGACAUUAAUAUUAGGAAGAAAAAUGGUGGGACUGCCCUAAUUCUAGCUAGUCAGAGUGGUCAUCACCAGGUUGUUGAACUACUAGUCAAAGAGCAUGCUGACAUAAAUCUCCAGACAAAAAAUGGACUGUCAGCUCUAAUACUAGCUAGUUAUAAUGGUCAUCACCAGGUUGUUGAACUAUUGCUUAAAGAGUAUGCUGACAUUAAUACUCAGAACGAAGAUGGUGAGAAUGCCCUAAUGUUAGCUAGUCAGAAUGGUCACCACCAGAUCAUUGAACUAUUAAUCAAGGAACAUGCUGAUAUUAACACUCAAAAAGAAGGUGGAAGGACUGCCCUAAUGCUAGCUAGUGAGAAAGGUCAUCUGCAGGUCAUUGAACUACUAAUCAAAGAGGAUGCUGACAUAAAUCUUCAGGCCAAAAAUGGAGUGACAGCUCUAAUGCUAGCUAGUUUUAAAGGUCAUCACCAGGUUGUUGAACUAUUGCUCAAAGAGCGUGCCAAUGUUAACACUCAGAAAGAGGACGGGUGGACGCCCUAA